CUCUCUCUUUUUUUAUUUUUUAUUUUUUUUAAUUAAAGGCCGGAAAAGUAUAAAUCCAUUAAUUUGGUUCAAAACGGUGGCAAAACACUUAUUUUUGUGUACUGGAGACGGGAAUCACGUUCCAUUUUCUAUUUCCGUUGUUCGUGCUUGCAAUACCGAAAGAGAACGAGCUUCGAGUUCGAGAUCCAUCUAACAAAUCGCUUCUUCUUUCUCUGAUGCUUAGUUCUCAGUUUUCGUGGAUAUGCACCUCAGUGAUUCAACUACUUCAGCUCCAUCGCAUGCCACGUUAUCCGGCACAGGGGGAGUCUGUUUGAUGAGAAAUGUAUGGAAAGGGGAACAACAUCCAUAUGUUAUCAACUUCAUCUCCACUUUCCUCUCUGCAAAUUCUUUUCGCCCAUAAUUUUGUACCUAUUGCUCCUGACUUCAUUUUCAAUUGUGGGGGUUUGUCUGUAGCAUUUGUUUUUGUGACUAACUGGGAUUGCAACAACGUGUCUCUGAUCUUCAGCAGAGUUCAGAAAUUGAGAACACAAUUUGCACGUUUUUAUGUUAUCAUCACACUCCCAGCUAAACAGCAAAUGAAUUCAUUUAUUCAGUCAUACUUCAAAUUUGAGAUGGUGAUUGGCAAGCCUACGUUUGUUCCAGUUCAGGACAUAGAAAUGGGGUUUGAAAAGAUGGUAAAAAUAGCUCAUUCAUCUGGAGUAUACAAGCAGCAGAAAGUUGGAGAGAAACUGAAAGCUGAGAAGAAGCUAUCGGUGCAAGGAAUGAACUUUUACCUUAAAGUGGUUACUUCGAUUCCAGGCAUUGACAAUCAUGACGCAAAUACGCUUAGUCAAGCUAUUGGUUCUGUCCAAGCAAUUGCCAAGGCAUCAAAAGACCAAAUUCUGGAGAACACAGACCUUUCUGCUGAGAAGGCAGAGAUGAUUUCAAGGUUUCUGAGGGACCCCAAGUUUUACUCUUCUCCCAAGAUCACCUGAUGGCGCAAUAACAAUGGAAUCCGGCAGGUGGGGAUCUUUUGUUUUCUCCCACAACAACAAAAAAUAAUAAUAUAAAGUGAGUAUCUCCUUUUAAUUCCUUUAUCUGGUUAGCUUCACUUAGAAUAGUUCUCGUAUUCGUAGUUUCAAAUUAGACCGAAAAAUAGAUAAUGACUUAGAAACCUUCCAGUUAAACAGUAUUCAAAUCUCAUCAUACUGCUGUUGUCUGUACUGCAAUAAGUUUUCAUGACUCUCA